CGUUACUGUUCACCGUACGAUUACAAGCAACGGUAGUAGGUAUGCCCUCCCGCAGACAAUCGAGUGAACGAAUAAAAAAAGAGCAGCAGGAUAUACGAAAAACACUCAAAGAAUGACAAUGAAAGGAUUAUCGGCACCGAUGCUAAUGCUUGCAUUGCUGCUUGGCAGCAAAAACUAUUUGAGGGCUGCGAAUGCCUUUGGCUUGGGGGCCUUCGAUCUCYUGCAGAAUGCCCCAUCGUGGACAGAUGCCGACGCGAUUGGUUCCGCAACAGAAGCGGCACGCGCUCACGCAGUGUCGUUUUGGUCGUCGUCGCAGAGCCUGGCGGCCAUCGAUUUCUCCGACACGGAUUUCGGCCCGCCAUCGGGCUCUUCAAACCAGGUACUGACGGAAGCCGAUUUGUGGACGCUGCGGAUCGGAUCGGCGAUGGCAACCUACUUUGGAUUCGUCGCGGUGAACGAUCGACCCCGCGGGGGCCUCGCCCUUCCGCUUGACCCGAGCGACGAUGAGUGCUGUCUCCGCGUGCAACAGUCGAACGUUCCGGGAGCCGGCCUGGGAUUGUUUGCCAACCAAAACCUGCCRAAGGGGACAAUCCUCGGCACCUAUCCCGGCGUCCUACUGCCGUUGCAGCAGCACUCUGCUGCUUCAAAAAUCCGAGACCACCCGGAGUGYCUGGCCUACAUUUGGCGUUUCACGGACAACGAGUUUGUCAUCGAUCCCACACUCAGCAGCGACGGAAGUUUGCCAGAGUACUGCAGCGGAGGAAAUCCCAGCCAGCCGYUGAGCGUCCCCUUUUUUGCCCUCUUAAGGAUUCUGGGUGUCUUGCCGAAGACCUCCACCGCCCUGUGCCGGAUCAACGAACCGCCGCUCGGUGGAGACGUCAACGUGGCGACGGAAGAAGACCUUGCCGGAAGAACCGUGACCUUCUUACUAGAACGAAACGUCUAUGCGGGAGAAGAAUUGUACAUUGAUUAUGGAUUGACGUACGACCGGUCGCGGUACACUGCGAGCAGAUAAACUAACCCACAACAAUUGAAGACAAGAGAACACCAAAGCAGUCCAAGUAAUAGUGCUGACAAGAGCACGAUUUCUUGGUUCAACGGAGCCUGAGAAUAGAGACAGAAURACACC